AUGGCGGUUUUGUUUACAUUUAUUGAACAGUUUAGGAGCUCCGAAGCACAACGGGGCCCCUUCAACUAUCCCAGAGGCCCCUUCAACUAUUCCAGAGGCCCCUUCAACUAUCCCAGAGGCCCCUUCAACUAUUCCAGAGGCCCCUUCAACUAUUCCAGAGGCCCCUUCAACUAUCCCAGAGGCCCCUUCAACUAUUCCAGAGGCCCCUUCAACUAUCCCAGAGGCCCCUUCAACUAUUCCAGAGGCCCCUUCAACUAUCCCAGAGGCCCCUUCAACUAUCCCAGAGGCCCCUUCAACUAUUCCAGAGGCCCCUUCAACUAUCCCAGAGGCCCCUUCAACUAUUCCAGAGGCCCCUUCAACUAUCCCAGAGGCCCCUUCAACUAUUCCAGAGGCCCCUUCAACUAUCCCAGAGGCCCCUUCAACUAUCCCAGAGGCCCCUUCAACUAUUCCAGAGGCCCCUUCAACUAUCCCAGAGGCCCCUUCAACUAUUCCAGAGGCCCCUUCAACUAUCCCAGAGGCCCCUUCAACUAUCCCAGAGGCCCCUUCAACUAUUCCAGAGGCCCCUUCAACUAUCCCAGAGGCCCCUUCAACUAUUCCAGAGGCCCCUUCAACUAUCCCAGAGGCCCCUUCAACUAUUCCAGAGGCCCCUUCAACUAUCCCAGAGGCCCCUUCAACUAUCCAGAGGCCCCUUCAACUAUUCCAGAGGCCCCUUCAACUAUCCCAGAGGCCCCUUCAACUAUUCCAGAGGCCCCUUCAACUAUCCCAGAGGCCCCUUCAACUAUCCCAGAGGCCCCUUCAACUAUUCCAGAGGCCCCUUCAACUAUCCCAGAGGCCCCUUCAACUAUUCCAGAGGCCCCUUCAACUAUCCCAGAGGCCCCUUCAACUAUUCCAGAGGCCCCUUCAACUAUCCCAGAGGCCCCUUCAACUAUCCCAGAGGCCCCUUCAAAUAUUCCAGAGGCCCCUUCAACUAUCCCAGAGGCCCCUUCAACUAUUCCAGAGGCCCCUUCAACUAUCCCAGAGGCCCCAUCAACCACUCCAGAGCCCCAUCAACCACUCCAGGGCCCCCAUCAACCACUCCAGAGCCCCAUCAACCACUCCAGGGCCCCCAUCAACCACUCCAGGGCCCCAUCAACCACUCCAGGGCCCCCAUCAACCACUCCAGGGCCCCAUCAACCACUCCAGGGCCCCCAUCAACCACUCCAGGGCCCCAUCAACCACUCCAGGGCCCCCAUCAACCACUCCAGGGCCCCAUCAACCACUCCAGGGCCCCCAUCAACCACUCCAGGGCCCCAUCAACCACUCCAGGGCCCCCAUCAACCACUCCAGGGCCCCCAUCAACCACUCCAGGGCUCCAUCAACCACUCCAGGGCCCCAUCAACCACUCCAGGGCAAGGUUGCACGGACGGUAAACGACCAAUUAGGAAAAUCUAA